AUGAACGUCGGAAAGUCCACACCAAAAGCUCUCAGGCUACUCAGCAAGCCCUCUGCGCGCGCGUACCGCUCCCAUCCCAUACGAGCAGCGUCCCAAUGCAGCGCACCUGGACCCUCCAACCCUCCCCAUGAGCGCCCCCACUUCCCUUGUGUCGACGCGCACGCUGCUCGGGAGUCUCGUAUAAUCACCUCUCGCUCCUCAUCCUCAUCAGCAUCUACCUCGUCUGGACCGGAGCCACCCUAUGCCAGGCCCAACCCAACGACGUACAAGGUGUACCGCCACCAGUCUCCGCUGCCUCUUGUCUACACCGAUCCUCUACCCGCCUUCGACAUCGCCUACGAAACCUGGGGUACGCUUUCACCGCGGAAGGACAACGUGAUUCUGCUCCACACCGGGCUCUCUGCGUCUUCGCAUGCUGCGUCUACCGACCUGAACCCCGCGGACGGAUGGUGGGAGAAGUUCAUAGGCCCUGGCAAAGCACUCGACACCAACCAGUUUUUCAUCAUCUGCACGAACGUACUCGGUGGCUGCUACGGCUCGACAGGACCCUCCUCGAUCGACGCUGCGACAGGCGAGCCUUACGCCACGCGCUUCCCCGUCCUCUCCAUCUUCGACAUGGUCCGCGCACAGUUUUGCUUGCUCGACCAUCUCGGUAUCGAUGCCUUGUACGCGAGUGUGGGCUCCUCCAUGGGCGCCAUGCAGAGUCUGGCGGCGGGCUGGCUCUAUCCGGAACGAGUGGGCAAGGUGGUGAGCAUCAGCGGGACGGCGCGCAGCAGCCCUAGCGCGAUUGCUAUGCGUUUCGCGCAGCGCAGUGUCCUUAUGGCAGAUCCCAAUUGGAAAAAGGGCUUCUACUAUGACGGCUUGCCUCCGCAUACAGGCAUGAAGCUCGCGCGACAAAUCGCGACUAUCACAUACCGCUCCGGGCCGGAGUGGGACCUGCGCUUUGGGCGCAAGUUGCGCAAGCUCCCCGACGACGCGGCCACAGCUCCCGACCGUCCGCGCACACCCGCGCUCUGCCCGGACUUCCAGAUCGAGACGUAUCUCGACCACCAAGGCGAGGAGUUCUGCCUCAAGUACGACGCGAACUCGCUCAUCUACAUCUCGAAGGCCAUGGACCUCUUUGACAUGACAGGGCCUGCGCUGGCUGAGCUCCGCCUCGCGUCGCCCGCCCCCCGCGCGGGGCCGCCACCCCUGCCUCCAAGCCUCUCCGCGCACCCUUCAUCGCCGGCGCACUCGCAGUAUCACCAUCUGCUGUCGCACUCGAAGAGCCACCCACCACCGCCGAACCCGCCAUUGCAUCUCCCCGAGCUCGCGGACGGCUUGCGGCCGCUGGCGAACACGCCAGUGCUCAUCCUAGGAGUGCAGAGCGACAUCCUAUUCCCCGUGGAGCAGCAGCGUGAGGUAGCGGAUGCACUGAGGAUCACGGGAAACCAGAUGGUGAGCUACUACGAGCUCGGCGGCGUUUGGGGCCACGAUACGUUCUUGUUGGAUGUGCAGAACGUUGGAGGCGCGAUCAGGGGUUUCUUGUCGUGA